CCGCGAUAGAUUUUAAAGACCGUUGACAUUUUAUUUAUCUUUUGCAGAAGGCUAUUUUAUAUUAUUUGGUAAAGUCAUGGUAAAGAAAAGUAUCGUGUCACUUGGAAAGUCACAUCAGGCUGUUGUUCAAUAUUUCAAAUGCUAUGCAUCUGUAUUUGAGCAUGAUAUUGCAGCUAUUUCAUCACUUCUGCAAAGGAAAAAUAUAAGAAAGGCCUCCUACCAUAGCUGGCCAGAUGCAAACAACCAGAAAGUGGUUUGGUCGUUAACAUUGAAUGACAACUCAGAUAUCAAAACCACAAUAAGGGAAUUGGAUGAUUUUAAAGAAGAGCGAAGAUUGGUUAGUCGGGCAGCUGCCUUAGAAUUGCUGUUGUUAGAAUCAGAUAUUCACUUCAGUGACAACAACAUGGUUUUCACAUCAACUUCUUCAUCACCAAUUCUCACACAACUAAGGAAAUUUCGAAAAGAAAAAAGAUUUUGUGACUUUACUAUUAAUUUAGAUGGUAAAAGUUUUGCUGUCCAUAAACUGCUGUUGGUUGCUUCUUCAAACUAUUUCUGUGAAAUCAUAAAAGACAACCAGACCUCAGUAGAUAUUGGUGGAAUAAAGGCAGAAAUAUUUGAAACAAUGUUGUGUUACAUUUAUGCUGAAGAUGUGGCUGUUAAUGAAUCAAAUAUCUUCGAGCUUAAAGAAAAUGCAAGCCUUUAUGAACUGCAGGGAUUGGUGGAUAUGUGCAUGUUGUUUCAAGAUUUCGUAGGAGCAGUGACAAAAAUUCCAGAGAUCAAAUUGGACUCUCUUCCAGAAGCAAAAUCAGCCAUUGGAAAUAAGAAACCUGGAGAAACAGAAUCUAUGGUCCAUGUGAGGAAAAGUGAGAGGCAAGCUAAACGAGAAGCAUAUAACACUAUAAGCAAAACAAUAAACCUGGUGGAAGAGCCCGAUGACAUCAGUACAGAUGACAGAUUUUUACCAGUGACAGAAGAAAAUCAUGUUUUACCACAAAAAGAAAACAUUGAAAAUCAUAACAGGACACACAGUGUAGAAGUGACAAAGUCGCAAGUUGAACAAAUUGACAAUGUUUCCAUGCUGGAAUUACAAGCAGCAAGUGUUCCUUUUGUUCUGAAAUGUGAGAUCUGCCAUGUUGAGUUGGAAGAUCAAAAACAGAGGAAAGCCCACAUGAAGAAACACUUCGUGCAGAAUCAACCGAAUAGAUUUGGAUGCCAUCUUUGUAUGAAAGCUUUUCGAAGUGCAAGUCACCUAAAGAGACAUAUGAUAUCACACACAGGUAUCCGAAAACAUUGCUGUACAACGUGUGGAAAACUAUUUUUGAAGUCUGAUCACUUGAAGCGGCACGAACGUACGCAUACCAGUGAACGACCAUUCACUUGUGAGCAGUGUGGAAAACAAUUUAGAGAUAAAGAUCAUUUAAAAAGGCACAAUUUAACGCAUACUGAGGAGAGACCUUACUUCUGUGAGGUGUGUGGAAAGCAAUUUAAAGAUAAAAGUACUUUACUCAGCCACCAGAAAAGCCACAAUGCUAAUAACUCUGUGGUUUGUGGUGUUUGUGGCAGAU